AUGGAGGGAAUGUCUAGCUGUCUACCCGGAUCGUCACCCUCCCGGGUCAAAUCCCAGAAGUGGAGUUCUUGGAUCACUUACCGGCUUCUGGUUUUCCUUUCAGACGCCCACACGCGAAAUCCAAGGGGCGGACACCAGCGCCCAGCACUUUGCGCUCAGGAAAUUUACCCGGUGAAGUGUCGAAAAGCCCCAACCCCUUCAGACAGGGUCCUCCCACCCCGGCGCUGGCCAUCCCGGCCCAGCCCUCCCGAGGCCCUGGGUACUCGCCUUGCGCGCGGGUCGCGGAGUUCUAAAAGCGAGCCUUGGGCGCUCAGUCCUCGCCACUCUGCCGGAGGCGCCAGGCCUCCUCCUUCCCGGUCCCCGCCGGCUGUCCGCAGCCGCCUCUGCUGCCUGGCGGCUGCCGCACGGGCGGCGCUGUUAGUGGGGCCGGCGCGUCGCGGCCGCGGCACCUGGAGGCGGGGAGCGCGGAGAGCGCGGGCCGCGGACCCGCGCUCAGCUCCGGAAACGCCGAGCCCGGCGCCCGCGCCUUGCUCAGGUGCUCCAGCGCCUCGCCUCGGCAGUCGCUUCCUCUCGGCCCGCGGGGGCGGGGAGCAGGCGACCCGCGCGGGGGAAGCCGGAGCUCAACGGCGGGGGCGGCCCAGCCGGCCGCCCUGGUUCCGCAGCAUAGUUGGGCGACUGACUCAGACCGCCGCGAUUUGGCCGCGCCUGGCACCCUCGCCACCUGGCGCACCUUGGCCCGGAGGCGCCAGACCCCGCUGGGGAAGCUGCGGGGGCGCGUCCUGGAGCCCAGAGCGACAAGGGCAUUACCCACCUUCCCGGGACGGAGAUGCCCAGGACCUUGUGUUGGCUCCUCCUGGCCAGUGGGUUUGUCUGGUCUCACUUUGUCACCCAGGCUGGAGUGUAGUGGUGCAGUCUCGGCUCAUUGGGCCCCCUCCUCUGCGUCCAAGCUAUCCUCCCACAUCAGCCUUCCAAGCAGCUGGGAUUACAGAGGCGCACCAUCAGCCAAGCUGCUGCAUCUGGCCCCUCAAGCGUCAAGUCAAGGGGAAAAGGAGAUUGAGAGGAAGGGCGGUCUGUGAAUUGAACUACUUCUUAAAUCACUAGUCACAUCUUGGUGGAAGUCCAGCAAUGAAGAUGGCACAGAAACACAUUCCAAAUACCGUGAUACCAUAAAGUAUACUGUAGCAAUGCAUCUGGCACACCCUCAUUUUAACAUCUGUCUCAGAAGAUUUUGACAGAAGAUAAAACUAGUUUUUAUUUCAUUGAUUUCAUGAACAUUUAUUUCACUAGUUUCAUGUCAUAGGCCCAUGACUGUAUAAAGAGUCAUAAUCUUUACAAACACAACAAUGACUCACGGAGACAUGUUGCAAAGCUAUAAUCCAAAACACUGAUGUUAAUUUCAGAGGCCAUUAAUGGUGUUAAGAAGGAGCUUUUGUUAACCAAAUAAUUGAAUACUCAUAAUUACUUUUCAGUUCUAGUUCAGUUCUUCACACCAAACCAUUUUAUUUACAUAGUGAAUGCAGAACUUGCCAAUAAGAACUUUCAAUACUAAACUUCUAUGUAAAACAAAACAUCUCAAAAUCAAUAACUACUUUAAUGGAAUAGUAAAGAAUUUACUUAAACACAAAGGAAUGAAAAUAUCUCUGCAAAUAUGUCUACUGACUUUUCAAUUUUGGUGACUUCUUUCAAAUUAAUUCCUUUACCUCUGUUCCUCAU